GAAGAAAGCCAUAAAGUGUUGUGGUGGAAGAAACAACACAUGACCAAAGAACUUAUCAUUGUCCCAUAAAGAAAUGACAUUUGAAUAACCACCAAUUUCUUUUAUUAAAAAUAUAAAAAAAUAGCAAGCCAAUAAGAAGUGAACUGUUUUCAUCUUUUUUUCUAACCAACAAAAAGCUUCAUGAAGAAUCUUUAAAUUAUACUGAGAGAUUGAAAGUCAAAAACAAUCACGAAAGAACUUGAAAAGUACAUAAAUAAUCUUAAAACUCAGAAGAAUGAAAUAAAUUACAAAAAAUAAAAGUGAAGAAUUGAAAAAUAAAAAAUAAAAAAGAAACUAAAAAUUUAUAAUUUUAUUAAGAAUAUGAAAUUUACCUUAUUUUUGUUUUUAAUUGCAGCUUCUUUUGCACUUUAUGAAGAAGAUUUUCUAGACAAUUUUGAAGAUGACUUAGAUGAUUAUGAAGAUUUCUUUGAUGAUGACGAAGAAGAUUUUCUAGAUGAAAUGGACGAUGAAGAUGAUUUUGAUGACUUUGAAGAAGCAGAAUUAGACGAUGUCAACAACGAUGAAAAUGAUGAGUAUGAAUUAGAACAAGAUGCUGGUGGAGCUGACCCAAAUGCCGCACAAGGAGGCGCUGAUCAAAAUGCUGCACAAGGAGGAGCUGAUCAAAGUGCUGCACAAGGAGGAGCUGCUGGUUCAUGGUCACAAGAAGCUGAGAACCAAGGUGGACAAUCACCUAAUGCCAUUAUAGUUUCUGCCCAACGUUUAAUCGCUGAAAUGCAAGCUACUAGAUAAACAAAGUAUUGGUUCACAACAGAAAUAAAACAAUACCACUGAUUUAAUUAUUUUUCAAUCUUAUUUUUUUUUUAUUAAAGUUUAAUCAUUAUUUACUUAUUAAAUCAUUAACGCACAAUCAAUUAUUUCUUUUUGUCAUUAUUUGUUUCUUUAGACUUUUUAAAUUCUUUCUUCACAUUAGGUUUCUUAGCUUCUUUCUUUGAGUCUUUAUUAUUUUCUUUCUUUUGUAUAGGUUUCUUUUCUUCAGAAUGUCUCUUAUCCUCAUGGAUAGGUUUCAUAUUUUGUUCUGUUUCAUGAAUGAAUUCUUCCAUAGUUUUUGUGUUAUCAUUAUCAAUAAAAGGGACCUUUUUCAUGUUUAAUUUUAAUGAGUCAUACUUAUGUUCAAAGUUUUUCCAAUCCUCUGUCAUCU